CUCUUUCACUGCGUUGCGCUCUUGGCCAACUCAAGAGAGGUCGGUCGUCUGAUCUUGUGCAGAACUCCCCAGCAACAACCGCGACAAACCGCUGUCGCUUGCCAUCGCCGCAGCUGUUAUCGCCGUCGCUGUCGCCGCCCGAUCGCCGCCUCCAGCUGUUCCCGCGUCUUUCGGAGUCUCACGGACGCUCGCAGGGGUUCCCGCGUCGCUGAUCUCACGGCGCACUGGUCCGAUGAAGCGAUGACAAGCAACUAAACAAUGCCAUGGCUACCUACAACUCGAUGCCGGGGCUGUCCACGGGCGCCUCUCCUAGAGAUCCUAUGGUGAUGAAUCUCGGUGCCGGCCAGCCUCAGGGCUUGGGCAUCGACGUCUUCGACCAAGAGUUGACGUUUGAUGAGUCCCUACUCGAUGGGACCACAUUGCAGAACCUUCCCUUCACCCCUUCGUACGACCUAGAGACUUUCUCCACGACUUUCGAAGAUCCCUUUUCCUAUUCCUCCCGUCAAUUCGAGUCGGCCCCGAACCAAGAUGUUUUACACGAGGAGGAGUCGCCACAGGAGCUCGACAACAAGCUCCUCGGCUUCUCCGCCCCAGUCUCGAGCGCGACCGUCAUUGACGAAACGGGGCAGUUUUCAGAAACAGCCAUGAGCGCAGAAUUGUAUGGCAUGUUUUUCGUUGCCGAGGAUGUUUUUGGCGGCGAGACGAGUGGACGACCGCUCGAGUUAACCUGCUACCGCCGCAAUCUUUGGCAAUGCUCUGGCCAGAUAUCACUCCCUCGGAUCGUCACCAAUGUUGUGAACGAGCAGGGAAUCCAAAUCCCAAUCUUCGAAUUGGUCGCAUCAAUCACAGCCACAGAGUCAAUCGAAAACAAACCCACCGAGAUUAUAUCGAUUCCCUGGAAGAAUGCAAGUGCCCCGCCAGGCGAUGAAUCCAAGGUUGUUGGGGCGCCACUAAACAUAACUUUGGAUCUCGCCUCUGGCCAAGAGAUUGAUGCAAACCGAGUCUCUAUGCCCAUAUCAUGGAAGCGGCUCCAAUUCAAGCAUGCUACAGCCAACAAUGGUCGAAGAAAGGGCCUUCAACAGCACUAUGUCGUGAGAAUAGGUCUCCACGGCAAGUCAAAGUCUGGAGAUCUCAUCAAGAUCGCCGAGAUCCAGUCUGGCCCAGUCAUUGUCCGAGGGCGUAGUCCGAGGAAUUUUGACAGUAAGAAGGACGUUCCUCUUACGGGCGAUAACAAGCGAGUAGAGAGGAGGAAUACUGCGACUCCUGAUAGCUCCGCAGUCAAGAUGGCACGGGAGAAUUCACAGGCAUUCAUGCAUCGAUACCCCUCCCUCGGUAACAUUCAGCAACCAAACGAAUGGACAGCAUCACCAUCAAUCCCCCAGCCACUCCCUAGCCCCCAACCUGGUCAAAAUCCACAUCCCGCCAAGAGGGUGGCCAUAUCAUCAAAUGUCUCGAGGCCACCGAUCCCAGCUUGGUCAAACGAGCCAAGUAAUUUAACCAAAUCAUCAACUGCCCAGAACAUCCGAGGCGUACUACCUCGUCAGAACUCUUCACUCCCGAUCAAUCUCUCACUGUCCGAGGAUGAGAGAAGUCCAAAUCGCUCAAGUUCCGAUUUACAAAGCCCCCAGCCCGGAAAGGCUGCUGCUGCUGUGGGCCAGAACACUGAUCAUAGCCCCUCGGAGGAUGCAGAUCCCCUAUACGAAUAUUUUCCUUUGACGGUUGACGAUUGGAUGCCUCCUGUCGAUGCUGUCUACAGACCACAUGUCGUUCACCAUACCAUUGUCCCACCCGAGAUGAAGGCGCAGCAGCUGAGGAGCAAGGCGAAGCGAUACUUUGCACCUGAAUGAGUAGGCCAAUAGCCAUUGGAAGUUUUAAUGAUUCAUGAACUGGUGGGAGCCUGGAGUGCCAUUCUUGUACAUCUAUCUAUUUGCAUUUCAAUUUGUACAAUGAUAUCAACCGUGGGGCGGCGGGGCAUUAAUUCCCCCAAGCAGGGCACAGGCCAGACAACCCGAUAUAUCUGCAACGAAACAAGAGUUGCUCAUAUACCCUAGAUUUGAAUUGGAAGCUAAUUACAUUGA